AUGUGCUUAUGCGUAAUAAGUGCGUAAGCCGUCUCUAGACGCUCCUAAGGAAUUGCACCUUCAGGGUCGAGCCGCAUGAAGCGUUUUGGCACUGGCGGCGAACGAGUCUGCAGGGCUGAGAGCUCUCCGAUAUGCUGAUUAUCAGCUGAUGGGGCUGGCUAAAUUGACUUCACAAUGAUAAAGAGAUCACUUCUUGUUGGAUUGAUAAGGUUCCAGAGAAUUAGGAAAUAUUCUUCUUUAUUUACAGUCAACUGUGAUUUUCCUACGGAAUCGCUUCUUCCUAAGAAAGAGACUGGAGUAACUUCUUUUCUAAAUAAAUUCCCAAAUUAUGACGGAAGAGGAGUGACAAUUGCAAUAUUUGAUUCUGGGGUUGAUCCUGGAGCUGCUGGUUUACAGGUAACAACUGAUGGAAAACCUAAAGUUAUUGGAAGAUACGACUGCUCAGGUGCUGGUGAUGUAGAUAUUUCUACUGUUGUUGAAGUCACAGAUGGCGCAAUCAAAGGUUUAUCUGGAAGAACUCUCAAGAUACCUGAAUCAUGGAACAAUCCCACCGGAAAGUUUCACGUAGGAUUGAAAAAUGGAUAUGAUCUCUAUCCGAAAUCUUUGAAGGAGAAAGUUGAAAAAGAAAGAAGAGAGAAGUUUUGGGAUCCAGAACACAAAAGUGUUUCAGCAGAGACGAUUCGCAAACAACAGAAUUUUUUAAAGACUCUGGAUGAAAACAAAACUCAAACUUUAAGCAGAGAGGACAAACUGCUCAAAGAAGAAUACGAAGCUCAGGUUGAAGUUCUGCAAGCGUUUGAGAAGAAGUAUUUCGAUGGCGGAAUCAUGUAUGAUUGCGUUGUCUUUCAUGAUGGAGAAAUUUGGAGAGCUUGCCUUGAUACAUCUCUGAACGGGGACCUGGCUGCUUGUACUCUUCUUGGUGAAUACUCCAAAACUCAAGAAUACGCCACUCUGUCAUCAUUAGAUCUUCUCAAUUAUUCAAUCAAUGUCUUCGACGAUGGAAACUUACUCGAAGUUGUAGGAUUUUGCUCAAGUCAUGGAACGCACGUUGCUUCAAUAGCCGCUGCCAACUUUCCUGAUGAACCCGAAAGAAACGGAGUGGCUCCUGGUGCUCAAAUAGUCUCACUUACUUUAGGUGACAGCCGGCUGUACCCGUCGCCGGGGAUGGAGACAGGCGCGGCUGUGGUGCGCUCGAUGAUCCACGUGAUGAAGAGCCAUCCGCACAACAAGAUGCACGUCAUCAACAUGAGCUACGGCGAGCGCGCCAACUUUUCGUCGUCAGGUCGCAUCGCCGAGCUGAUGGCCGAGGUCGUCGACAAGUGCGGCACCGUGUGGGUCGCGUCGGCCGGCAACAACGGGCCUGCCCUCAGCACCAUCAGCUGUCCGCCCGAUCUCAACUACAACGGUGUCAUUGGUGUUGGCGCGUACGUGUCGCCGGAAAUGAUGACGUCAGAGUACUCGCUGCGACGGAAGCAGCCGGGCAUGCCGUUCACGUGGACGUCGCGCGGACCGACGCCAGAGGGCGCCAAGGGCGUCUCAGUGUGCGCCCCGGGCGCCGCCAUCACGUCUGUGCCCUGCUCCACGCUGCGAGGCUGUCAGCUCAUGAACGGUACCAGCAUGGCCGCACCUCACUGCACCGGUGUUGUCGCUCUUCUAAUAUCUGGAAUGUUGGCUCAAAAGCUACCUUACUCCCCGUUCUCAGUCAAACAAGCUCUAGAAAAUACGGCGCAAUUCAUUAGCAAUUUAGACGAAUUUGCUCAGGGCCAUGGCUUACUACAGGUAGAAAAAGCAUUUGAUCAUCUAGUCUCUUAUUGCGAUAGAAAAGAAAGAGAUGUUCGCUUUCAAGUUAGCUGUGCUGGUAUGAAAGGUAUCUACAUCAGAGGGAAACAAACUAAUAAGCCAAGAGACUUUGGAAUCACUGUGGAACCAAUAUUCUUGGAUUCCGAUAACAUGGCCUCUGAAAAGAAAAUAGACUUCCAAAUGAGUUUGGCCCUGGCUUGCGAUGCAUCGUGGGUUAGCUGUCCGUCCUACCUGGAAAUGAUGAACAUUCAGAGGGUGUUCUCUGUCAAAGUCGAUCCUUCAGGACUACCUGAAGGCGUUCACCGCACCAGUAUCCGAGCCUACGAUGUGUCGUGUGUUGAGAAAGGCCCAGUGUUCAAUGUAGAAGUGACUGUUGUGAGGCCAACUGCUGUUCCGGACACUUGUCGUGGCGAAAUCAAGUUUCAAAAUGUCGAAUUCAAACCAAAUACUAUCAAGAGGCAUUUCGUUGUAGUACCUGAUGAUGUUUCAUGGGCGGUUUUAACGCUAAAAGGAUUAGAAGAGGAUAAAACUGAGCGAUUCGUAAUUCAUUGCGUGCAGCUGAAACCGAAAACAAGCUGCUCCACCUUUGAAUUUCACAAAAUGGUGACUGUCAGCUCUCAAACGGCUUGCGAGUUGAGAUUUCAAGUCCAGGGUGGAGUGGUAUUGGAGUACGUGAUAGCCAAGUAUUGGACAUGCUUGGGUGACAUGAAGUUGGAUUACAGUAUAAUGUUCAAUGGCGUGAGGCCGAGCACGCCUUCAGUGACGAUGCACCACGCAGGAGGCAUCCAUUCGCUCGAGUUGUGCUCUGGCAUCCAUCCAGAAGAAAUCGCACCCACAAUCCAGUUGAAGAACAACAUAACUGCCUUGAAGCCAGCCGAAGCCAAAGUGUCGCCGUUGAACGAAAGAGAUGUGAUUCCGCCGUCACGCCAGAUUUAUCAACUAGUACUCUCCUAUAACUUCCAGACACCGAAAGCUGCAGAAGUAACGCCCAAUUGUUCGCUUUUCAGUUCGUAUCUCUACGAGUCUGAAUUCGAGUCGCAACUCUGGCUGCUAUUCGAUUCUAAUAAACAGUUUUUGGCCGCUGGAGACUUUUGCCCUUCCAAGUACAGCUGCAAAUUGGAGAAAGGAGACUACGUUCUUAAACUGCAAAUCAGACAUGAAAAGCGAGAGCUCCUUGACAAACUAGUCGACCUUCCAAUACUUCUCCGCCAUAAACUUCCCUCUCCAAUCACGGUUGAUGUCUAUGCUAGCUAUUCGCAAGCUGUGAUCAAUGGAAAGAAAAUGGCCAGCGCUGUUCUACCUGUAGCAAAGCCGCAUCCAAUCUACAUAGCUCCCAUUCCUAACGACAAAUUAUUGAAAAGUGCGACUGUUGGCCAGUACUUGUCGGGAUCCAUAGUCUACGUCAAGGAUGAGAUGGGGAAGAAAGUGGACUACUACCCAUUCAAUUACAUUUUAGUUGAAGCAAACAAAAAGAAUAAUUCUAAACCUGCAAGUGAUAAAACCAAGUGGGAAGAAUACGAAGAAGCUCUCAGGGACCUGUAUACGUCAUGGCUUUCGAAGCUAGAAAACAAUAGUGAGUCGCAAAAUCUGUAUGAAGAACUGGUGAAAAAGUAUCCAGACCAUUUGUCACUGCACACUUCAAUGAUGUCCAACCUGGAGCCAGACAGUAAGCGAAUUCUUCCUGGACAAGAUCUCACAAAAGCGCUGGAAAACGCCAGUAAAAUACUUGCCCUCACCAAAACAGUUUGUCAAGAAAUCGAUGAAACUGAACUGUUAGCUUUCAUAGGCAUGAAGUCCGAUCAUCGACCGGAUGCUGCUAAGAUAAAAACGAAGAUGGACCGCAACAAGUCAGUGAUAAUAGAGACGUUGGGGCGAAAAGGAGUGGCGCUGAGUCAGCUGCACAUCGCUGCCAAGGAGGGCAAGGCUUCCACCGGAGACCACGCCCAAGUGUCGCUGGCCGACAUUGACGCAGUCAUGCAGAACUUGCUGCAGUACGCUGACGCCAACGAUGUCAAGACAACAGUUUACUUUGGCCUAUGGCACGCGGCGGCGCAUGAGCACUACGGCAAGCUGAUCAAGUUGGCGCUGAAAAUGUACGAAGACAAGUCCUCGAAGGAGCUGGACGAGUGUGUGGCGUGGGCCAUGGGCAAGGCAGGGUGGGCGCAUGCGCAGCGCCUUCACCAGUCCAACAUACCUAUUCGUCACCCACCCGCCUACAGGCUCUUUUAAACUAUCAUUUAUGCUAUAUUAUUCAGUAUUCGUAUAAUUAUUUCAUUUAUUCUGGUUGAAAAAGUUUUAUUUAAUGAAAUAGUCUAACAAAUUUAUUCUAAAAUCCAAAUUAUUAUAGAAGGAAUCUAAUAAAUUGAUGCAUUUUA